CCCGGAGGAAGAUGGCGGCGGGCUCGGACCCGCUGGAGGAGCUGUUCCUGUCAGAGGUGGACGAGAAGGCGGUCAGCGAUCUGGUGGGAUCGCUGGAGUCGCAGCUGGCAGGCCGGGCAAUGCUGCCCGGAGAGGGGAGGCCAGGCCCAGCGGGAGGCAGCGUCCCGGGGGAGGGACAACGGCGAGCCGGCAGGAUGGCGCCAUCGCCGCUCGGGGAGAAAGCGGCGGCUCCCGCUGUGACGCCGGCUCCGGCCCCGGCCCCUGGCUUCGGGCAGGAAGCAGCUGCCGGAAUUAAUCAGCGUGCAGCCUCUGCCAGCGAGCUCCCGCCACCUCCCGCCACCAGCAUCCCCUCCUCGGACACCUCAGCGGCCGGAGCCCGGGCUUCGGGUGCGGGGACCGGCCGCCUCUUUCAGCCCUCCCGGCCACCGCCACCCCCCUCCCCCAGCACCAGCAGCCCUGCGCCCUCUCAGGCUACCACUGACCCUGGGGGGAGAGUCCCUCCCUUGGCCGUCCUAACGACAGGCGAAUAUCCGGUGUCGAGCCACCUGCCCGCACCCCAGAAGGCUCCCGGACCCCCACCUCAGGCUGUCAAUGGGGUGGUAGCAGAUUGCAGCUCCCCUGCUGUGACUGCUGCUUUGCACUUCUCCACUGCGACUGCCUCUGGGACUUGUAACCAUCUCCCCACUUCUGGGGCUGCCAGCACUUUUGGCUCCAAUGCCAGCAGCAUCAACACACCUUGCAACUCAUCUCAAAACGGUUCUCUUAAUCCUCAGUUCGUUUCUGUGUCUCAAGACAGCGUCCUGAUGGGUAGUACUAGUACCCCCACUAUUACAUUGACAAGACCACCAAUGCAUACUGUGAUUGCCAGCAAUGUUUUGGGCACUGCGCUGUCACAGAAUGGAAUUGCCCCCUUCAACGAUGUGAAUCCACCAGGAUUGGUGCAAGUUGGAGAAAAGACAGGCAUCCAUCAAGGUGCAAUAAUAACACAAUUGGCUAAUCAGGUUGCUGCUGUCACUAGUCACCAAUACAGUAGUCACACAGCCACCAAUACAGACUCCACGUCACAGACGAAGCUUGUUCUGCACACUCAAUCUCAGCCUGUUUCUCUUAGUCCAUUAAAUAACACAGCUGCUCCUAUUACAGUGACCAACACACUGAGUAAUCAGUUGCAAUAUACAGUUACCAGCUCUCUCCCUGUAGCCAGCGCCCUGGUCAGCAUCAAUGCAGUGGCAAAAUCUGCAGUCAAUAUGAUCACACAACCUCAUGUCGGAAUCACGAAAGUCAUCUCGUCUGCCCCUGGCAUCGUCCAAGUAUCAGCCACUCAGUCACAGCUUCGUACUGGCUUAGGGGCACCCCAACGCAUUGUAACCCCUCAGCUUAUCAUUCGCUCACAGCAACCACCAUCAGUGCAGCUUGCCUCUGGUUUCACCAUCCCACCAGGAAUGAUUUUGGUCCGGACAGAGAGCGGCCAACUUGUCAUGGUUCCUCAGCAAGCAUUGGCUCAGGCUCAAGCCCAGGCACAGCGCCCAGGAAGCAUCUCUCCCAGGCCUUCUGCUCCAACAAGUGUUGCCACAUUUCGCCUAACGUCAAGUCAGCCGGCCAUGACCAUCUCCUCAAUCAGGCCAGGACAUCCAUUGCAAGCCAAAGUAGUUCAACCUGCAGCCUCGCCAGUUAAUGCAAUGUCAGUUGCUGCUUCACAACCCAUCCCUACAGCAGCUCCCACUCUGGUUUCUGGAUGUACCAGCACUUCACAGGCUGUGUGCACAACAAACUUCUCUGGAGUGACCAGCCAUCACAUUAUCACAUCUCAAACCCAGGCUCAGUCCCAGGCCUCUGCUUCAUCUCAGUCCCAAUCUGCAACCAAAACUCAACUGCAAGUCCAUCCUCAAGUCACACCCAGUUCCCCACUACCAGGAACACCCACAGUUACACAGGUAUCUGUGGCAUCCUGUUCUGCACCCCUGGGAAGAGCUGGACAGGAAAUGCAGGAAAAUGUGAAGAAAUGCAAGAACUUCCUCGCAACCUUGAUUAAACUAGCAUCGCACAGUGGACAGUCUGCAGACACCUCCCGGAAUGUGAAGAGUCUUGUUCAAGACUUGUUGGACUCUAAGAUUGAACCAGAAGAAUUCACUAAUAGACUUCAGUCAGAACUUAACUCGUCUCCACAGCCAUACCUGGUGCCUUUUCUUAAGAAAAGUUUACCAGCCUUGAGGCAGUCCCUGGUCCAUAAUCAGCAGUGCAUCCUGCAAGUAAAUCAGCAGACACAAGGAGUGGCCUCCGUACAGACCACAUCUACUGUGCCAUCGACAGGAACUGUCACCACGGUUGUGGCUGGAUCAUCUGUACGAAUUAGACAGCCCAUCACUGAUAACACAGUCCCAGGACCAAAUGCAGUGACACAGGCACACAUCAAUUUGGCUCAGCAAGGGCGCAGCACGCAUCUGAUUGUACAGCCCCCAGUACAGACAAUGAAAAGGCAAUCUGGUCUAGGAGCUCAAGUGAGAUUGCCGCCGGUUAUUACCCCAUCUAUCAGACCAGUGGGGAAGACGUCGCUACUGCAAGGAAACAAAGGUCUUGCAGGACCCUUGCUCCAGGUCACCGCUAAUCAGAAAAACAAGUUCAGUGACCCUGGAGGUGGCUCUUUCAGAGACGAUGAUGACAUUAAUGAUGUCACCUCAAUGGCUGGAGUUAAUCUGAGUGAGGAAAGUGCCAACAUUCUUGCAACUAACUCCUAUUUAGUUGGAACACAGAUUCACUCGUGUAAAGAUGAAGCUUUUCUGGCUAGUGGUCCUCUGCACAGACGCAUCCUAGAAACAGCUAAAAGGUUUGGAAUCACGGACGUUCCCAUUGACAUAGUAAACACGAUUUCAAUCGCGACGCAAGAACGGUUAAAAAUGAUCAUCGGAAAACUGACAUCAAUAGCACAACACAGAAUGGAAACGCACAAGGACCACGAAUGGUACGAACAAGCAACAGAUGUUCGGACGCAACUGAAAUUCUUUGAACAUCUGGAGCGACUUGAAAAACAACGGAAGGAUGAUCAAGAGAGAGAAAUUCUAUUAAAAGCAGCAAAGAGUCGCUCCAGGCAAGAAGACCCUGAACAUGCAAGACUAAAACAGAAAGCAAAGGAGGUAAGGAAGACUUGAGAUUGCUACACUUGAUCUUU